AUGGCUUUUCCAGAUAUUCGAGGGGAUGGGCUAAUUAGGGCUCAAAUGGCCUUGGAAGCGUUGCAGCGGGAUCCGCAGCUACUCGAUUACACAAGAAGACGAUUCAGCGAUUCUCCACCAUCAUACAAAUCUCAUCAGUCACACAACUCAACAUUGUCUCAGAGUCCAAUUCCGCCUGGUGAGGACCAGGGAAUACGCGAAGAGAAUCAACGACGGGAAGAGCAACGGUUUCGUCUCAUUAAGGAGCAUGGAGCGUCCAGUCCUUACGAACAAUUCACGGCUCAGUGGAAGGCGGAGGUAAAUCGGAUCACCGACGCAGCUAUGAACAGGACAGAACAUGUCCCGAUCGGAAUAAGCUUCUACAGUCUCGCGCAAGAAAGUGUUAAGAAGCGGUGGAUCGAGCAGGGCAUCUGGAACGACAAGUGGAAUGGUAGGACUACUUUAGCUUCAACGAAGUGGAAGCAUGAAGAGCCAGAAGAAUCUGACUCGGAAUCGGACACUGAUAGACCAGUGACACCCCAAUCUCGCUUCUCUUUUUUCCCGACAGAGCCAAAACCCAGGCGGCAAAAGAGUGAUCAAGAGAAGCAACUUAUUGCAGAGCGGCGGGCCGCACUCAAGCGUGAACGUGAGGCUUCACGCCCUUUUCAUCAGUUUGUUUACCAGGUGUUGAAAGAGAGUGAACUGAUCCAAGGAAAGACAGGGGGUGAGGGGGUCACUGCCCCUGCUACUACCGCGGACGACAUUAAUACUCAAGCGUACGAGAAUAUCAAGAGCACUUGGGUCCGACGAGGGAUUUGGGACAUAAAGUGGGGUAUACUACCUGGGAUGAACUGGAAGCAUGAGAGGCCUCUUGAGAUUGGAGCUGAUCUUCUCCCGCUUCCUCAGGUGAACUCCCUUGGGAAUGACUCCCACGAUGCUGGAGAAGCACCUCUGCCACGUCUUUUUGACCCCAUUCCUCCCGAUGAAACAGAUGCUCGCCAAACAUCUGGUGUAGUGAGCACACCUCAGCGAGGACAUUCUGCGGAUAACUCGGUCAGAUUCGCUAACGGUGACGCUGAGGAUUCCUCGGAAUCGAACCCACCUUCCGGGAGACAACGAGGAGAGGAUGUUUUUCCCGUGACGGGGCAGAUGGAACGAUCUGGCGGUCAGAGAUUUUCUAGCGAAGAUAGACAACCACCACUCAACAAAAGUUUUCUAGGCCCGGUACAUUCAUCAAGGGUAUCAAAGUCUCCCCCAGAGAGACGACGUGGACGUCAGCAACCACCGAAUCCAUCCGCAGAAGUAACCUCUGGUGGGCCGUCGUUACCGGGACCAGAUGUAACUAGAACACCCUCUAAACCUGCUAGCACACCUCUACGUAGAAGCAAACGACUACAACAACAGCAACCACCGGAGCCUAGGGAAACUGAAAUCCCAGGUGAGACGGCGUCUACCAAAUCACCUAAGGCUGUAUCCAAACGAAGACCAAAGCAAGCCACUGCAGCCAAUUCAAAGUCCGUAUUAUCGGCUAGGUCUCAGGGAAUAUCCAAGAAUCGACGCACAAGUGCCAGGAGGGGGAAAAAACAGGAUGACCGGUAGAAUUGGAGAACUUUGGGUUUGAGGUAUUAAUUAAUAAGGAGAAGGAUUCCAGAGGGAAGGUCGUAAUGUACAGUACCAUUUUUAUUCCGUCCUGGUUUUGAGGACCCGAUCCGUUUAUCAAGAUAUACAUAGCUCGUAGUAAUUUUAGUCAACAUCAAGCCGCAUUUUCCUUAUGCGUUGUCAGUGUUAUUUGAAUAUCACAAAACUUUGAAAGAUCC